AUGGAUUCAGAACAAAAAGACUUUAAAGCAGUUAAAGUCUAAUUGAAAUCAAGUUAAAAACAAGGAGAGUAGCUCUCAAGAAGCAUGCUCUAUUCCGGAAUAAACAUAUUUGGACAGCUUUCCUAGCUUUACCUUCAAAAUAAGGAGGCUGGUGGGGCAUAUGCCAGCUUCUAAGCUUAGGUAUAAACCUAGUCAUCAAAAUCAGAUGAUUCAGGAUCAGGCUCAAUGAUGCAUUUAUCUCAGGAUAUAAUCUAGAUCUUCAAAAGACUCCAAAAGAAAGAUUCUACCACUAAGAUCAAGGCUCUUUAAGAACUUGAGAAGUAUAUCGAAGAGAUAGACAAUUCUCAAUUCUCAAACUAAGAUUAGGAUUCUGAUGAGCUCUAGAACCUUCUAACUUUUUUCUUGUAUCAUUUCUGUCGCAUUAUCAUGAAUGAGCCUGACAAAAAAGUAAGAGAGUCAGCUCAUCAGGCAUUUGCUUAGUUUAUUAAAAAGGCCAAGAAAAGAAUUGGACCUCAUCUAAAAAAGAUCUUCUCCAUUUGGUAUUGCUCAUUCUUUGAUGUGUCACAGGAGGUAGCGUCACUUGCUAGAAGGAACUUUGAAUUGGCAUUCCCUGAAAACAAGAGAGAGCAGGUAUUUAAAAUAGCCUAUAAGAACUUUCUUCACUUUGCCAAUGAAUAAUUGAAGCAAAGUGAGGACUAAAUUAGUGAUAGUGCCUACGAUUUAUCAAAGGCUUAGAGGGAGGAUGUCUUUGAUAGAGUUACCAGUAGUGUUCUACUUUCUCUUGCAUCUAGUUUUGGCUUUAUAAAGACUUGGUCAGAAGAGGAAUAGCAACACUUUAAGAAGAAAUUAAUUGAUAUACUAGAUCUCAAUGUUGAAAUAAAAGAUGUCUCAACAGAGUAGACAAAAGAUAAAAAGCUAGGCAAGUAAAAAAUAAGCCAGAGCUACCUCUGGAACUUCCUUUAAGGAGCUUACAGAGGAAGAGUCAGAUCGUCUUGCCUUCAAUUUAUUUCAAAUUUACUGCUUAAUCUACCCAAUGAUGUAGUUUAACACCACAUUAACUAGCUAUCACCACUUGUUUAUAAGCUGGUGGGAGAAGACAACUCAAGUCUUUAAACUACACUUUGGAGAGAUGCCUUGUUCACUUUAGGCAAAAAUUAUCCUCAGUCUUGGGAAACAAUUAAUAUUAAGAAGGACUUUAUUCCAAAGCUUUACAAUUCACUAAAGAACUCGGCCUAUGGUGCCCCUAGUGCUCUUUAUGAGAAUUUCAUCAAGUUUACAUCUAUCUUCCCAUUCUAUCACUUGGUAGACUAUACUGAAGACAAAACAAACAAGGCUUCUUUCAAGGAAAGAUGCAAUUUGGUGAGAGAAGCUUUUACCACCCUCUAUUAAGGAUUAAAAAAUGAUGAGUCAGUUGCAUUUCAUCAAGAUCUCACAAAAUCAUACUAUGAGACUUUAAGUUUUAUCCUAUGGAAAAGAGUUUAGCCUUUAAUUCAAAAAGAUUCAGCUUCAAAAGAGGAUAAGGAAUUUUGUCUCGAUCAGCUAAAGAAGUGCAUUCAAGUUCCCAUUGAGGAUUAUAUAGGCAAUUUUGAGAAAUUUAGAGCCAAGUAAUAAAAUGAGAGAAAUAUCAGAUUCACCAUACCAUAAUAAUUCACUAAGAUGCUUUAAGAUAUCUCUGAAAGAAAUAUUGACCCCAUUAUUUUCGAUUGUGUCCUAAGCCAUUUAUAUGAGACAUUGAAUCUUAAUAAGGAUAAGUUGAAUACUGUAAGAUUCCUAGGUCAAUUGCUGAACUUUAAAGGUGAUAAAAAUAAUGAUUACUUUAGAAUUAAGAUACUCUAGAAUAUUUACCUCAGAUUCCUGGAUUAAGUAAUUGUUGAUCAGAAGUCUUCAAUCGAUUCAUUGAGUAAAGAUAACAUUCAACAGUAAAAAUCAAACUAGAUAUUACUCAGACUUAUAUAUAAAUUAAACAAGAAAAACAUUAGUAUUGAGGGUCUUAAGCUAAAUACUCAAACAUUAUAGGACAACCUAAAUAAUUUAAUCAAAAAAGAGACUUUAGCAUCAAAAGUCCUGAGUUAGGAGAAUAAAACCAUGCUAUAAUAGUUAAAAGAUAACUUAGUUAAAUGUGUUGUCUUAUCACUUAAUCUCAUAGCCACUCCAUAAUUAAAGGAUUUCAUUGACCAAAAUUUGACCUAAAAUUCAUAUUCUCAGACAACAAGAAAUCUAUUCCUCCUUCCAUAACAGGAGUUUAAGAAGCUUGACUUUGGUAAGUAUUUUACAACUUUGAAGUAAGACUGCCAUGAUAUGAUCCUUAGCUACUUACAAUCCUAGAUUAUUCAGGAUAGAGAAAAUAUUAUUACUAAUAGCUCAGUUAUCAGUCAAGUUGUGAAGAGAGUUAUUGAUGGAUAAGUUUCAUAUCUACUGAGUGAAGAUUUAAGUACUAUCUCCAAAUCUUUAGUGGCAAUGAUAAGUCAAUUAAAGAAUGAAACUUAGCUAAUAUAAGCAUAUUACAGUGCUGCUGAUGGAUUACUAUCAUUGGUAGGGGAUGAGAGUUACUAGAACUUAAGAGAGAUCCUAUUUGAUAAACUAAUAAUUUUAAGAUCAGGCUCUCAAUCCUACAAUCAGCUAUGGUCUAUAUUUGAAAACGUACUCAGAAAUUUCAAUUCUAAAAAGGAGAUGAAUUAUUUCAACUACUGUCAAUUAAAGCUUAAAAAGGAAUUAAAGAACAUCAUUUAGCAAAACUCAAACUAUCAAUUUGAGACAUUUAACAGAUUUACUAAUAUCGUGAAAUCAUUUGUUCAGAUGUGUUCAGACAAACAAACCAUAAUUGAGGAAAUUCUCUUGAUUGAGGACAACUUCAGCAAUCUAGAGAACAAUAGUUUACCUAUGAAAAUGUUUAGAGAUCUUUUCUUGUCAGGAGGUAUUGGCUUUGAUGUGACCAGAUUAUUCACUUCAGAUCUCAAGUAUGUGUGGCUUGCUAGUGAGCUUCUUAAUGCUAAAUACUUACCAUCUCUAGGAAACUUCCUUUAACUAAAGAAACAACUAUUAAUUUUUGUUGACACAGAGUUAAUUCCAACAUUAAUCAACUAAGUUCAGAGCGGAAAUCAAAACUUUGUUCUAUAAAUGUGCGAUUACAUGAAUAAGAAAGCAUCUACAAAUGCUGACUUUAUCUACUCCCUUGAAUUUCUAGUCUAAAAAAUGGUAGACCCUGGUGAAGAUUUCCCUGAAAGUGAAAAGCCUCUUUUAAAGGUAGAUGAAUUCAAGCAAAUAUUUUAUCAGUCUAGUAAUUAGAUAUUGGAUGCUUAUUUGAGCGGAGAGACAAUUGAGUCAAAUAACUAAUAUCAAAUCUUCUUAAAGUUACUGAAAGUUUUAGCCUACUUUAUCACAGAUGACACUCAGAUUUAGAAAAUAUUCACAAAAGCCUAAUCUAAUCUCAAACAAGGUUUAACCUCUGGCACUUUGGAACUUAAUCACGAUUUUUCAGUAAAUCUUGAGAUUUACAUCAGCCUUCUCGAGUACUUUAAAACAUCAUAAGAUGAUGAAAUAAUGGCAUAACUUAUUCCUAAACUUCAAAAUAACACCUACUAAGGUACUGCUUACUAUAUAGUUACAGCUAUACUCAAAUAUAUUUCAUCAAUCUUAAACCUGAUUGGACUAAGUGAAUUCCUGAAACUUGAGAGCAAAUCUGACUUCCAAAGCUUUGUUAGCCAAAUGAUUGAGAUUCAAAGAGAAAAACAGUUUGAGGCUAUUACCUAUAUCAACUUAUUGUCACUUAUAAGAAAAACUAUUGGUUCAGAUUUAAUUAAAGAUAAGCAACUCCUAAUUGAUCAAGUCAUUGAAAUAUCAAACAGCUAAUCAGAGGCUUUCUAAGAAAAGAUCUAGACAUUAGAAAAGAGAUUAGGAUAACAAGGUGAUGAGGAAGGUAAAUAAUUGGAGGAAGAUGAGUCGAAUUCAUAAAUUGAGAGUUUUGAGUAUGAGAUGCUCUAGGAACUAGCUGAAACCUUACUGGCCUUCCCUAGUUACAUUAAUGCUCAUUUGAAUGAAGAUAAGCUCUUUUUAUUGAUUGGUAGUGGAAUUGAAUCUAUUCAAAAGGCAGCUUUCGUGUUACUAAAGCAACUCUAUGAAAACUUUAUUCCCCAAAUUAAGCAUCAAUUCGAUGAGGAUGAUGUAAUCAAACAACUUAAGUUGGAAUAAGAUGAGAUUGAUAGAAUUAACUUUCAGAAAGAGUUAUUGGAAGAAAAAACUGAUGCUUUAAAUCAGGAAGAGGAAGAAGAAAAGAAAAGAGAUAUUUAAGCAAAGCAGGAAAAACAGAAGAAUAAGUUAGCAUUCAAAAAUAUUUCAUCUAAACUUAUUGAGUUGAUAGAGAACCCUCCUAAUAUAAAUGCUUAUGAUGAGGAGUAAAAGCACUUGGUUGCUAGUUCAAUAACUUCAAUCAGCUCAAUGAUAUUUGGAGAUUAUAAAGAGGGAUGUAUGAACAGCAAGAUAUUUGGAUACUUCUUAGCAUGGAAUGCUCUUUUAAUAAAGAUCGAGAAUGGAAGAAUUAAAUCUCAGCUUAUGUAGAUUCAGGACUAUCCAAUAGUCAUGGGAGCUCUGAAUGAGUACUUUGAGGAUAAUUACGAGAUUUAUCAAAUGCUUUUGGUUAGUUUAAUUGCUUAUCUUCCAGAUUAUAAGAAAGGACUUUAGGAGACUUACAAUAUAUCAACAUUCGAACCAGAGUACUGUGACCUUACAGAUUUAAAGUAAAAUGUCUAAUACAGUGUUUACACAUUGAUUAACUUUAUGAAAAGUUUCCCAUCAUUGGCUAGAAAGUAUUAUCAAGAGUGUGAGAAGUAGCUACUGGACAUUGUUCUGCCCUAUAUCAAGUAAAUUGUUAGCCCAGCAAUUCUUGACAAUGAAAUUAAAAAGAUUGAGGUUGCCUAGACUCAGCUUGGUUCAAGCGAACUAUCAUUCGCUCUCUACAAGUCUACAAAGGAAAUUACAGCUACUUAUUCUAAGAACGAGAUCUAGAUGAAUUUAAGAAUAAAGAUACCAAACGAAUAUCCUCUAAAACUAGUAGAAGUUGAUGUCAGCAAAUAGAUUAAAAUAUCUGAGAAGCAGAUGAGGAAAUGGAUAUUGUCUAUCAGAAAGAUCUUGCAAUUCUAGAAUGGAGAUAUUAUAUCUGCUGUGCUCCUAUGGAAGAAUAACAUUGACAAGGAAAUCGAGGGUGUAGAGGACUGCUACAUUUGCUAUUGUGUAGUUCACGAAGGGGAUCAGAGUUUACCAAGAAUGCCCUGCAAAACUUGCAAGAACAAAUUCCAUGUUGCUUGUAUUAGAAAAUGGUUCAGAUCCUCAAACAAGAGUAACUGUCCCAUCUGUCAAAACUAUUUCUUCGCUUGA